UAACCUUGACAAGCAAGCAAAACUCAUGUGCUGCUGGUUGAGGAAAAUCGCUUAAAAUUCAAACAUUUCUGACCGUUUAAUCGAUAAUAAUAGGUAGGACGACUCUAAGAUAUUCCAGUAAUUUUCCGAUAGUGGUUAUUGUCUUUUAGCUUGCAAAAUGAAUGACUAGUACUUACCAAAUCAUCACCGCACUCUCGGGACUAAACAUCGUUUGGGUGACUUCAUGUGGCAUCACCUGCUUUCCAGCGAUGAGGACCUCCUUACUGUUUGUCACCAGAGGCUGUGAGGCUCUUCACAGGUUUUUCUCACCAGUUUCAGCUCUAUGGAGACAUCAGAGGGUCUUUGUGUUGAGACACACGAGCACACAGUCCCGCAGAGACGACAGGAGUUACUACAUAACCACUCCCAUCUUCUAUGUCAACGCUUCUCCUCAUUUAGGACACUUAUUUUCAGCGGUGAUAGCUGACUGCUUACACAGGUACAAGCUGCUGCAGGGCUUCAACUCAAAGUUUGCAACAGGCACAGACGAACACGGCUUGAAGAUCCAGCAAGCUGCUGAAGCUGCAGGAAAAGAGCCCCUGACCUUCUGCACCGAUGUGUCUGACAGAUUCAAGCAUCUCUUCAGCAGCUGCAGCAUAUCGUACACAGACUACAUAAGAACCACCGAGCAGAGACACCGUGACGCCGUCAACCAUUUCUGGUCAGUGCUCUGGAGCAAAGGGCUCAUCUAUAAGGGGAGUUAUGAAGGCUGGUACUCCACACAAGAUGAAAGCUUCCUCACGCCGUCGCAGGUGGCUGAUGCUUUGGACUCUUCAGGGAAGGAGAUCAAGGUAUCGCUGGAGAGUGGCCAUAAGGUGGAGUGGAUGAAAGAGGAGAACUACAUGUUCCGUCUCUCUGCAUUUCGGUCUCAGCUGCUCGACUGGCUCAGAGGAAAUCCCCGGGCCGUACAGCCUGAGCGUUUCUAUCAGGAUGUUCUCCAGUGGCUGCAGGAAGACCUUCCCGACCUCUCAGUCUCCCGCCAGAGAAGCCGCCUCCAGUGGGGAAUCCCUGUGCCGGGUGACGCUGAACAAACUAUCUACGUGUGGCUUGAUGCUCUGAUUAACUACCUCACAGUAGCCGGCUAUCCAGAUAGACACGACCGAUGGUGGAGCGUGGCCCACCACAUCGUUGGAAAGGACAUUUUAAAAUUUCACGCCAUCUACUGGCCGGCUUUUCUUCUGGGAGCCGGACUGCCGCUGCCGCAGACGAUACAUGUGCACUCUCACUGGACGGUCGGAGGAAAGAAGAUGUCGAAAAGUUUGGGUAACGUGGUGGAUCCUCUUGAGCGAUCACAGAUGUUCACAACGGAUGGUAUGAGGUACUUUCUUCUGCGUCAGGGUGUCCCAGACUCAGACUGCGAUUACACCGACAACAAAGUUAUGAAGCUGCUGAACGCGGAGCUUGCUGACUCUCUGGGAGGUCUGCUGAACCGCUGCACAGCUCCAGCUCUAAACCCAGCUCAGGUCUACCCUUCUUUCUGCCCUCAGUCCUUCCCGACUGAACAGGGAGGCAGGGCUGUGGCUGAAGAUUACCACAUGUUGGAUGCUGUGAGAAACCUCCCCGCUGUGGUGGAGCAGCACUAUGAGAGCAUGCAUGUGUACAAAGCUCUGGAGGCCGUCACUGCCUGUGUGAGGCAGACCAACGGGUUUGUGCAGCGUCAUGCACCGUGGAAGCUGGACAGGACGGACAAUAAAGACCAACGCUGGCUAGACACAAUCAUCCAUGUCUCUCUUGAAUGCCUGAGGAUUUAUGGGACACUCCUCCAGCCAGUAGUGCCAGGCGUUUCUGACAAGCUGCUGUCCAGACUCGGGGUGCAACCAGGCGAGAGGAGCUGGGCACAUGUGAGCUUCCUGCCGAGGCAUCGGGGAAUGGACUGUCCCUUCGAGGGGAGAGCACUCGGAUCUGACUCUGGAGUGCUUUUUAGUCGCUUGGAAAAUCAGAACGUAGACAAACAGAAACCUAAGAAAACAAAAAAGGCAACAAACUUGAAAUGAGGGAUUGUUUUAUGUUCCCUGUACACCGAUUCCACCGGUGAAGAAAUAAAACCUUUCACUAAAUCUCUCAGAAGUGUUUCACUGACCCAUCACUCUCUGAUAGUUAACUGUCAGGGCGUGACAACCUAUACCUUUAACAAUAGUAUUGGUGAGUUUACAUUUAGGGACAUCUUGUAUUAACAUUAUUUUAACAGUGGACAUUUUUACUUGUCAUAGCAGUAAGGGAGCAGGAGCAUCUUCAUUUGAAAUUAUAUAAAUUAAUUUCAUCUGAACAGGAGACGUUAAAAAUUACU